AUGAGACUGUUGCCAAUCUUACAAGCAGCGCUGCUCGCAGGAACAGAAUGUGCGUUUUCGCCAGCAUCAGCUUUCGGUGUAUCUCCCAACAGAGACACGCGUCAAAGCAGCGCUUUGCAUAUUUCCUCCUGGGGAACCAAGAGUACCCCCUCCAGUUUGUCGGAUGACGCCAACAAAAGCCCGGCAGAUAACGUCCAGGCGUAUUUGAAGACUCCUGAAGCGGUUGAAGCACGCAGUAACAUCGAUGGAACAGUUCUCGUAUCCGGGUUGGUCAGGUCAAAGGAAAGAACAGACCAAGUGAUCUUCGACCUUCUUAACAACGGAGAGUCUGCAUUCGAAUUUGAGACUAUUAUAGCAUUCGUGGACGACAUCGCAUUUGCCAAAAAGCGUCUUUUGAGUCGCUCUGCUCGGUACAGUGGACUACUUGAUAAACUUGAUUUUGUAGAGGCCAGUGUUCCCGGAGGGUUGCCAUCUCCUGCACAAUUGGAAGGCGUGAAGAGUUGGGUUGCAGUUUUGGAUGCUGACGACUUGGUCAACACUGUUAGCGACGUGACUGCGGUCAUCAAACAGACAGGCACUGUGAAAAAUAUUGCCAUUCUCGCUGCAAAUGCGGCAAAUAUCGAUUCCUCCGAUGAGAAGCAAAUUGUAGAAUCACUGAAGGGAUGCGGUGCAAAGUUCACGAUGGUUGCUGUUGGUGAACUGCAGGAUUUUCCCGAGGGCACGGAUCCAUACAGUUUCUAUGAAAUGGGAUCAAGCGAAAGCAUGGUUGCGGAAGAUGCAACUUUCUCAAGGGACGAAGCAAUGAGAAUGAUAACUGAAUGCCUUCAGCUUGAGGCUGGAGUGAAUAAGGCGUUGUCAUUUUCGAAAGUUACUAAUGUAAACGCAACCGAAGCAAAGCUCAUUAAGGGAUUACGCGAAGCUGGAUAUGCUCGUCCCCAAGAAGUCGAUCAUAUGCUUCGUGAUGGAGUGAGCAACUACAAGAAAGCAAUAGCCGACUUCAUGGAGAAAAAUCCAGAUUAUGAAAAAGGGUACACGUCGGAUGUUUGGUGGGAAGAGGAGAAAUUCCAGAAGUCAGUUCGAAAGUCAGCUCUGCGCUCUGCUGAUGAGAAUCAAAAGAUAAAAGACUCUAGGGUUGAAGAAGUCGAGAAGAUUGCAAGAGAAUGGGCGAAGCGGGAAUAUUUCAGGCAAAUGAUGGCCGGCACUGUCGACGCUGAGCUAUCCGAGGAGAGCUUUCUGGAAUCUGUCUGGGAGCGUGCCAUGUUUGAAGGCGAUUUGGUGUACCGCCAGAUAAACGGUGAAGCAACGGAUGCUGACGCGGAACUUGAAGAUUUUAAAGCAAAGCAAGAGCGCAAAAAACAGGCGAUGCUGAAGAAGGCAAAGUCGGAGCUAAAGGAGAUUUUGGAAGAAGAAAAUCUUGGUGGCGAUGACUUGAAUGAAAAGUUGGAUAAGAUGGAUGCGAACCCUGAGGGCGCGAAACAAUCAUAG